AUGGCAACCAAUCGACCCGAGUACCGAGAUCCAAAGACACCAAGGGCUGUCAAAGUAUACACGAUUGCACAAGAAUCUCGUUACCUGAUUGUGGAAAAUGUACCUGCUCUUGGAUUGGUGGAGAAUCUAUUGAAGCUUUGCUCGUCGUUUGGACCUGUUCAAAGUCAUCGCUUGUUAGACGAUCACGCGAGUGCAACCAACUAUUGCGAUGUGGUGUGGAUACAAUUUGCAACGACAGCAGCUGCACGAAUAGCCAAGAGGACACUUGAUGACAAACCCUUCUUUUCCAACUUGCUCAGGGUUUCAUAUGCACCCGAGUAUGAGACCGUGGAUGAUCUUCGUGGCAAACUCCAGGAACGACGUUAUAGCGUGACACAACGAGUAUCCUACAAUAAGCGUAAAGAUCGACGUCAAAGCAAGCAAAAGCCACCAUCAUCAUCAUCAUCAUAUACGGAGGGGACUACUACUACAACAGCAACAAUGAUGCCACCUGUUCUUGGUCCUUUACCCAAAGAGAGUCCAUCCACAUCGUCAUCGUCGACAACAACAACAACAACAACAACAACCAAUGCACCCAAAAAGCGUAGAAGGAUAUGA